CAAAUUGCUGCGCCAGCCUAUAAAAGUUACCGACGGAGGAGAUAAAUCAGACGUUUUUAUUCAAGGUUAAUAUAACAGAGCAAAGAUCCUCCUGUGCAUGACAGACAUGGAUCAAACUGAGGUAGUGAAGCCAGAAACUCUGGAUGAGCUGAUUGCAAUCCUGCACAAGAUCUUCGAGAGUGACUGCAUCAAUGUAGAGGAGGUUCAAAAUAUCAUGGAAUCAUACGAGAGCAAACCUCACGAAUGGAUGAAGUAUGCAAAGUUUGACCAGUACAGGUACACCAGGAAUUUGGUUGAUGAGGGUAAUGGGAAGUUCAACCUCAUGAUUCUCUGCUGGGGUGAAGGACAUGGAAGUAGUAUCCACGACCACACAGACUCCCACUGUUUCAUGAAGCUGCUGCAGGGGCAGCUGAAGGAGACGCUCUUUGACUGGCCAGAUCGCAAAUCACAUGAUAUGGUGCAAAAAUCUCAGAGAAUCCUCCAGGAAAACAAGGUUGCCUAUAUCAAUGACUCCAUUGGUCUGCAUCGUGUGGAGAAUGUCAGUCACACAGAGUGUGCUGUGAGUUUGCACCUUUACAGUCCCCCAUUUGAGACGUGCCAGACCUUUGACCAGCGAACGGGACACAAGAACACAGUAAAGAUGACCUUCUGGAGCAAAUAUGGAGAAAGGACCCCACUUACCACAAUUUCACAAGAGAACAAUUAGACGUCGCAUAGAGGGGCUCCAGCUGAUGAAGACAUUUGCAUUUAGAACAAUGCCAUGAAAUUGAUUUAAGGGAAACUGCUGAGAAGCCAUGAAAAAGUGGACCCACGAUGACUAUGCAACCCAUCUGAAAAUCAGGACUAGACCGGUUCAAAACGGACAAUCCACUAAUUAGAAUGACUUUAUCUUUGCCUGGUUUGAACUUGGCAAACAUGCAGCACAGGACAAAUGCAUGAAUAGGCUUGGAUGUGGAUUGAAUCUGCCUUUUGUUUGCCGGGCCUUAGCACAGCCUCUUUUUCUCCAAUAACAACAUUCCUGUCUGUCCACAACCUGUGUAACUAUACUUAUGUAAAGUUAUUACAUGUAGUCACAUUGGAGCUGUUUUUAAAAGAUGGUAUUUUGUUUUAGAAAUUUUUUAUAUAUAUAUAUGUAAAGUGUGAGAAAAAAAAAAUUUCAUAAAAUUUUUCAUAACAUUUUGAUUCAUGCCACUCAAAACUGUCUUAAACCUGUCGACAUGUAUCGAGGCUUGUGACCAAUAUCUGUACAGUUUAAAUGAAAAGGUCUAUUCUGUUUGCCUUUGAAGUAAGGGAUGUAAAGCUUUAGAGUUUUGCUGUUUUUAAGUGUGAUGCAUGUAAUUUAUUUACAGAAAAUCCUAAACUCUGUGAAGUUUUUUUUUUUUUUUUUUUAAUCGGCAAGUUUUUAAAUCUAUUCUUAUGAAUAGAGCAACAUGGGAAGUAUUUUAUUUUAUAUUAUGAGAGAAAAUGUUUAGAUUAAAACUCAGGAUUUUUAUUUUUUCCUGCAUUUCUAUUGUGUGUAAUUUUUCACAGUGCUGGUUGGUUGUUGCAUAGAAGAUGUCUGUGAUGCAGUAACCCUGACCACCACAAUAGAACAAUAAACAGUUU